AUGGCGAUGGCAUCGAAGACGGUAUCGAGACUUCGUCAGAACUUCGCCUACAUUCCCCCCGAGGCUUCAGUCGACCAUAUGGUCAUCGGCGCCGGUGUCGUCGGUCUCGCCAUCGGUCGCGAACUCGUCAACAAGUUCAGAAGUAGAUCAACUUUCGUUGUCGAGCGGAAUCCUCAGCCCGGUCAAGAAACAAGCUCGAGAAAUAGUGAAGUGAUCCACGCGGGUAUCUACUAUCCUCAAGACUCAUUGAAAACCGCAAUGUGUCUUCGAGGUCGAAAGCUGUUGUACGAAUACUGUCGGAAGCACGAUGUACCACACAAGAAGAUUGGGAAACUGAUUAUAUCGAGGUCACAAGACGAGACCGACUACUUGCAGAAGCUAUACAAGAAAUGCCAACGCUUGAAUAGAGACAAAGAACUGACAAGAGCGGUGAUGUUUGGUCGAAUGGAAGAUCGGGAUGAAGAGUUGGCCCCGUUAAGAGUGAUCAACCAAGCCGAGGCACUUUCCUUAGAGCCCAAUCUAAGCCAGGACGUUCGCUUUGGCCUGUUCAGCCCAGAAACCGGGGUCCUGGACUCCCAUGCGUUCAUCUCCUCGCUCGAGAACUCGAUCGAGAACAGUGAAAACGGCGAGGUCGUCUACGGCACUCAUGUGGUCCGCAUCGACCGAUGCUCCAACGAUCAAGGCUGGGUCGUCCAGACUCAAACCAACGCAGAUCAGCCCGGCGAUGCCGGCGGUGAACGAAACAGUGUGCUAGCUAAGUGUCUGGUAAAUUGUGCCGGAUUGAAUGCACAUAAUAUUUACAAUCACAUCCUUUACCCAAGCUCGCGUCAACUGCAGAUGGGGUUUUGUAAGGGGAGUUACUACUCGUACGGCUCUCGCAAAGGUGUAAAUUCAGUCAAACAUCUGAUUUACCCAACACCAAUCCAGCAGCCCAGGGGAGAGAGUUUUGUGGGUUUGGGCACUCAUUUGACUCUGGACAUGAACCAGAAGAUCAAAUUCGGCCCAGACGUGGAAUGGUUAACCACCAAGAUGGUCCAAUCCAACCCGAGUUUUCUCGCCAAAAGUGGCCCAGCUGGGCUCCACGGAGACGCUUUGGAGGAACUCCAAGAUUUCUGGACCGAGCUCUUGAGCCCCAAUGACCAGCGACUUGAAACCACUUUUCAAUCUGUCCAGAGUUAUCUGCCCGGCGUAGAUAUCGAUCACUUUUCACCCGAUUAUUCAGGAAUAAGGCCAAAGCUACGGACGACGGACGGGCUGCAAAACGAGGCCAAUCAGGAGGUCCUGAGUGGGAACACUGGGGCGGAAGAAAACCGUCGACCUAGCCUGGACGACUUCUACAUCCGGCAGCCCGAGCCGGGCUUUGUGAACCUACUCGGGAUCGAAUCUCCCGGCCUGACCUCCUCCCUGGCGAUCGCCGAACACGUUGCCAAGUUGGUCCAGGAACUUCCCCAUGGUCUCUCCCUCAAGACUCGUCAUUCCACCGCCCACGAGCGCUUUAGUGCUGUUGGUCAAUUGGAUGACUGGGCCUAA